GCCUGUAUUGUAUCCACUUGGAAACUCGAAACAGCGACUGAUGAGAAGAGAACAAAACUGGGGAUAUCACCUGUUAGUGUGGGGGCCCGUACGCGGAGGGUCAUUACACUGGGUGCGAGGGGCAGAUGGCGGAUAUUAACCGGCUCUGCUCUCCAGUGGCGGUGUAUGAGGAGGAUGUGAAGGAGAACCCAGUUACAGCGCAGAGGAAGAGGGAAAGUCAACAGGAAGCGACCCGGUCCCCAGUGUCUUGCCUGGUGGGCACCAUAGGGAAACUAAAUAAGAAAAUCACUCAUCUACAGCUUGAUCUACAGCAGUACGGUAAAAGGCCGGUCACUUUUAAUGGAUAUGAAAGGCCAAAGGGGCAGAUGGGCUUCACUCCUGAAUCAGAGGUGAAUGAGAAGGUCCGAUGCCAGGUACUCAAGUGCAAAGAGAGAGAUGAGAAGGACUUGCAGGAGAUCUCACAUGUCUCCCCAGAACAUCCGUCGCAUUCCCUGCAGCUGGACAGGCAACACAAGGGCAACUCGUGUCUUGAAAAGAUGGAAAAAGACAAACCCAAGCUGGUGGAACUUCAUCAAUAUCCUGGCUUUUCUAAUGAAAUGCCAACACUACUGCCAAACAACAUAACCCUCGACACUAUCAUCUCUCGAGUGAUGAAAGCCCAGAGUCAUCUGGCCAGAAAACAUAGAUGCCAAGCAGAAUUUCGGAGUCUCUUGGCCUUGCCAGUCAUGGAGUACUUUCUGCUGGAUUCCUUCUGGUUUAUCUUUCUUCAAACUUAUCAGCCUGAACAAGACUCUCAGGAUCAGCUGUUUUCACGACUUUCAGAAAAUUACAUCCAGCUUCUGACCCAUUGUUUGUUCUCCCGCUAUGGUGACAUUUUCUUGAAGGAGUUCCCCAGCACUCUGUGUCAGAUACUGUACUGCUGCUUCUGCUGCUGUUUUCCUCAGUCCUGCAGCACCUUUCACUGUGACACCUUUCUCUCGCAGCUGUGCAAUACUGCCUACCAGUGGAUUGGAGGUACCCGACCCACCCCUGGGGUCUUCAGCCAGUGGGAUUUCUCAUCUCUGGAGCCCGAGGAAGCGCGGAAGGUGGAGCUGAUGUCUGGGAGUGACAAGAACAAGAAGACGAAGGGAUCAAGUUUGUCUUUCCUGGAUGCUUACUCGUCCAGCUCCUGUGUGCCCUGUCUUCCAUCAUGCAGUCGUCACCCUAGCUUCACAGCGGCACGGUUCAAAAGCAGAAGUUCCCCUUUUUCUGCUAGCAUUCCUAGUCUUGCAAGUGUGCACUCCAAAGGCUUGCAGGAAACCCGCAGCUAUGUUUCCAUUACAGCAGAUCCUGCUGAUGUCCAGAACAAAAAGGUUGGGGCAGAAUUGAUGGUUUUCUCUUCAGAGGCUGAUGGGACCUAUUACCACCCUAGGAGAGAGUCCCACCCUGCCUGUCCUGGGCCAUAUUUCAAGAGAUGCACCUUCAACCUUUGGGGCCACAGCCCUCUGAUGCAGUUUUACCUUCAGAGACGCCAAGCAGACACACAGGCAGGCCUGGACUUCCUGGUGCAGAGAUCAGAGAUUCAUCAACUUCCUCCAGCGGACUCCAGCACAUACUGGGAGAUCGUGUGCCAGGCUCACCAGCAAAUACAGGCUCAGAGGAGAGUUAUUGGAGCCCUGCGGUCACAACAAGCACGAGACCUGGCCAGCAUGCAUCGCAAACAGCUGUCAGAGCGGCACGAGCUCUUUAGGAAGGAGAAGAAAUUACUGUCUUGUAAGCGCACUGUUAAAAGAAUGUGUCAGCUUUUGGUCCCAGAUAAAAAAAUGAAUGAACCGGUGAAGACAAAGUCAGAAGUCACCCAGGCAUUUGAAGCCGCGCUCCUGGCCCAGGACUGACGUGUACGUCUGGGGCAUGCUGGGAAAGCAUUCCUGAGCAGCGCUAGUAACUAUGAAGAAAGCAAGCCGCAAUGAACGUUCAUUUAAAUAAAUAAGAGUGCCCCUUC